AUGGCCGAUCUCGACGAACCCCUCCCACCGACGCUUCAGAAUGUGCUGGACCAGAAGUCACUCAAGUGGAUCUUUUGCGGCGGCAAGGGUGGUGUCGGCAAGACUACAACCUCGUGCUCUCUUGCUAUACAACUCGCUGCCUGCCGCGAGUCCGUUCUUCUGAUCUCCACCGACCCGGCCCACAACCUCUCCGACGCUUUUGGCCAGAAGUUUUCUAAGGAUGCGACCAAGGUCAACGGCUUCGAUAACCUGUUCGCCAUGGAGAUCGACCCCACAAGCGCUAUCCAGGAGAUGGUAGAGCAGUCUGACCAGAACGGCAUGAUGGGCGGGAUGAUGCAAGACCUUGCAUUUGCCAUUCCUGGUGUUGACGAGGCGAUGAGCUUCGCCGAGAUCAUGAAACAUGUCAAGUCUAUGGAGUUCUCGGUCAUCGUCUUCGACACAGCACCAACAGGUCAUACUCUGCGCUUCUUGUCAUUCCCGACCGUAUUGGAGAAGGCACUCGGCAAGCUGUCCACCUUGUCUGGGCGCAUGGGGCCGAUGAUCCAGCAAAUGUCUGCGCUCAUGGGUGGCCAGGCAGAUCAGACGGAGGAUAUGUUCGCGAAGCUUGAGAGCAUGCGGGCCGUCAUCACGGAGGUCAAUUCACAGUUUAAGGACGCGGAGAAGACGACGUUCGUCUGUGUUUGCAUCGCGGAGUUCCUGUCUUUGUACGAGACAGAACGGUUGGUCCAGGAGCUUGCUUCGUACGAGAUUGACUCGCACAAUAUCGUCAUCAAUCAGCUUCUCUUCCCUAAAUCUGGAUCCAACUGCGAGCACUGUCAAGUACGUCACAAGAUGCAACAGAAGUAUCUUAAUGAGGCGCACGAACUCUAUGAAGAGUUCUUCCAUAUCGUAACGCUUCCACUAUUGACGGAGGAGGUCCGUGGGCCAGAGAAACUCAAGCAGUUCAGCAAGAUGCUCGUCGAACCGUACCAGCCUCCAGCUUAA